AUGUUCAAAUACAUCUCCGCCGACGAACUCGCCGACCUGAUCAAGUCCCCCGCCGUCCCCGCGAAGGACUACCUCGUCGUCGACGUGCGCGACGACGACCGCGCGGGCGGGCACAUCCGCGGCGCGCACAACGCGCCCUCGAGCGUCUUCCUCGCGCGCGUCGACGAGCUCGUGCGCCGCACCAAGGACGUCCCCACCGUCGUCUUCCACUGCGCGCUCUCGCAGAUCCGCGGGCCCAAGGCCGCGAGGAUAUACGCCGAGACAAGGGACGCGCUGCAGGCGGGUGGCGAGGACAAGCCGCACCAGGUGUACGUCCUCCGCGGCGGGUUCCAGGAGUUCCAGAGUAAAUUCAGGCACGACCCCGAGCUCGUCGAAAACUGGGACAAAGACGUCUGGGACGUCGAGUACAUGUGA